AUGGUAACGAGUUCUGCAAUUAAACGAAAAACAAAUUUUAUGCUAUUCAAACGCAAUAAAACGCGUGGACCAACGGGUCAAGCAGAACACUGGAAUUAUAGUCCACAUCGUGCUUCAUUCAAUCGUCGUCCAACAUCGUCUGCUUUCGGGGCGAGUACAGGUGGAACACUUGUUCAUUUCACUGAUCCAACUCAACCAGUGACAUUGCACGUAUUUGCGUAUGAUGAAAAUAUAAGUCACGACCAAAAAUAUAAGAAAGUCGAUGAGUUACCGACAACAGAAAUCGAUGGGAAAAUGAUAUGGAUCGAUGUGGAUGGUGUCCAUAAGCAAGAAAUUAUUUCACAACUUGGUCGACGAUACGAUAUUCAUACGUUGGUACAAACUGAUAUAACAACAACAGAACAACGAACAAAAUUAGAUGUUUUAGAUGAUGCUUUGUUUCUUGUCUGUAAAAUGAUAUAUAGAGAUACGGCUAAGAGUGAAUUGACACUUAUUGAACAAAUUAGCUUUUAUUUAAAAGAAAAUAUUUUAAUUACAUUUCAAGAGACGCCCAAAGAUUUAUUUGACACAAUUAAAAAUCGUCUUCGACAGGGAAAGGGGCGAAUUCGCAAGUCAAAAAUUGAUUACUUGUUUUAUAGUCUAGUAGAUAUUAUUGUUGAUCGUUACAUGGAUGUAUUAGAUACAAUGGGUAUGAAGGUAGAAGCAAUUGAUAAUCAAUUAAUGAAAACGUUAAAACUUGAUACAUUAGAAUCAAUUUACGAUAUGAAGCGAGGUAUGCUUUAUUUGAGAGCGAUUAUAUCACCAUUGAAAGAAAUCAUUAUCAAAUUACAAAAAGAAGAGGAGACACAGAUAAUGCAAGAGAGUACAAAUAUUUAUUUAAAAGAUUUGUUUGAUCAUGUUGUACAAGUAAACGAUUCGAUAGAUACAUAUCGUGAAAUGUUGGCAUCAUUUAUCGAUUUUUAUAUGAUGUUAAACAGUAAUGCAAUGAAUGAAGUUGUGAAAACUUUGACCAUUAUAUCGACUAUAUUUAUUCCAUUAACGUUUAUAUCUGGAGUUUACGGAAUGAAUUUUCAUUUUGAUAAACUUCAACAAGAAUCACAGAAUAUUCGUGAUAAAUCAGAGUUGAAAAAACUACAGCACUAUUGGCUAAUUGAACAAAAACGUUUGAAUCAACAUUAUAUGAGACAAGACGCUGAUCACUCCCAGUGGUUGAUCAGUGCUUUUGCUGACGAUGAUUUACGUUCAGUAAUGAACGAUAUUAAUAGGUUUCGAAUAUGGAUUGAUGAUGAUUUUAUUAAAUUUCGAAAAACAACAGUGCAACCUAUUAUUAGUCUAAGAGACGAUUUACAAUUGCAAAUCAGAGAACAAAAUAAUGAAAUUGAUGAACGAGCAGUAUUUGAUGCUAUUCAAUCUGUUAAAAUUCAACAAAAUGAAUUAAUUGAAAUUCUACGAGAUGAAGAACGAAGAAUAGCAGUUGAAUUAAAAGAGUUUCAGGCGACUAUAGAAGAUGACGAAAAUCAAAUUGAAAAUGGAAUACCAGAUCGCAUUGUUCACCUCGAUUGUCCAGAUGAUGAACUGAAAGUAACAAUGUUACAAGAAUUUCUGAUUAUUGAUCAUAAAUAUCAAGAAAAACUUGUUGAUUUAGACACAAUGUAUUUGAGUACAAUCAGCAUGGAAUAUGGAGGAUAUGGCAUCGAUGAGCAUGAAUUGUUUCUUCACUUGUACGACAUGUAUCCAACUCAUAUAAAUCAAAGAAGAACACUCAUUUAUGAUCAUUUGAAAAAACAUUUUCCAAAACGAUCAAGACAAGAAAUGUUAAAACACGAAGAGUGGUGUAAUGCCGAAAAAUAUUAUCAUAAACACAAACGUUUGAUAUAUUACGAAUGGAAACAAGCACGUAUUGGACUUGAAUUAAGAACAGAAGCCUGUUUUCAAGAAGCAUUUGAAAUACAAGAACGUCUAGCACAACAGCGAGAAGAAUCUGCUAAACAACGAAGUGUUUGCGAACAGUUAGCAUUACAAGUACAAAAAUGGAGGGAUAAACAAUUAGAAGUGUUAGCUGUUCAAGAAAUGUUAAACGAUGCAAAAAGAAAAGAAGAAUUGGAAAAAAUACAGCAAGAACAUGAACGAGAACAAAAGCAUCGUCAAGUUUUGAAAGAAAAGCUGGCUGAUUAUCAUUCAAGAAAAGAUCAGGAAAGAUCGAAAAAUGAAGAAUUAGAACGAAAACGUUUGGAAGAAAUGCAGGCCCAUUUAGCUGAUCAAGCAAACAAAGAUUGGGAAAGAAUCCGUUAUCGAAAAGAAGAAUUUGAUAAAAAACGUCAAGAAAUGCAUGAAAAAGAAGAAGCACAAAAACAAGAUGAACGCGAACGACAACAAAGACUUGAUGCACUAACUGAAUUAGUUCGUCCACAUGUUGAAUCGGAUUUUUCUCGAGUUAUGCAACCAACUAAAGCAUUCAAUGCUAAACGCGGUUUGGUGGCUGGCGUUGAUGACGAUAUUGUUCUCCAACAACCACUCUUUCCUAUCCAUACAUUUACCGACAGAAAACUAUAUGGUGAUAUUAGAAUUCGACUUGAACAGCGUUUACGCGAUGCGGGACUUAUACAGACUGACUAUGCCCGACAAGCACUAGCUAAAUUACAGCAACCUACAAAAAGAAUUGAUACGAUUGCAAAUAAAGAAUGGACUGGAUAUACAUUCAAGGAUAUUCCACAACAAGAUAGUACUUUCUAUCGACCUAUAAAACGAGACUUCAUCAGUAAUCCUGUGUCUUAUGGAAUGAAAAUGGAGUAA